CAACAUCUCACAGUCCAGUUACUGAAUAGAUUGAUGGAUAAAUGAACGGGAAUGGUGACGACAAUCACGGCGGAAAAGGAUUCUUCGUAUCUUUGAGUUUUGUGGAAAGUUGGGCUCGGAUCGUUCCGUGCACAGGUUCAUUCCAAGCCUGCUGCUGGAAGAGGAGAGCCAAACUUGCAAUUCCAGAAUCGCUGAAUAAUCGAGCGAGUAGUCGCCUCAACAUGAACACCUCGACAGACACGCCAGAAUGGUGCUUGCCACGCAGAACUCAUAAGCGGAAUCUCUACUCUGCGCUCGCAGAUCAUUGUACAUCAUGAGAGAUUGGAGCUUCGAGCCAGAACAUAUAACGGCACGAUCUUCAAUCUUCACUCCGAAUUAGAAGAAGUGAAGGUGCAUUAUUACUGGGCUGGAGUAGCGUCAGCCUAAACAAUAAAAUGGUCGUGAGACUCCUCAAGAAUUGGUUGAUCACGCGUCAUGGACGUUUCGGUCCAUGAUUUUAGAUCCCGAUCUUCGUUUGGCCAGAUAAGAGUGCACGAUACGAUGAGACAAAGAAAGAAGCAAGAGAAAUGAAAUAAAAAAUAGUGGUAGCAAGAUGUAGGGAUCCAUAUCCAAUGAUGACGAAGACAAAGGCAGUGAAGAAAGCGAAGAAGAAAACGGCAGCGAUUGCGGAAAAGAGGAGAUGAAGUGGCACAGAGGCAAUGUAAUUCGGAACAGGAGGAAACUGCUUCGCGACGUCAAAACACCAGAUGAAAAAAAUUUGAUCGUGGAUCCUUCUUCGUGACCCAGUCAUCGAGGUAUCUGAGUACGAUGAACAGGAGGAUAGUGCUCAGGGCAAAGAUGGCCUGGCGGCCGAGACGAUCGUUGUGAGAGAAGAACCAAGAGAUGAAGACCUCGUUUCUAGUUUCAUCCUUAGAAAUGAGUGGAAAACACGAAGGGCUAGAAACCAAACUACCGCAACACAUGGAGUCAGAGGCACCAAAACGAUCAAAACCAGGGCCAGCGUUUCUAGCUCCACCGCGGACCAGUAAACGGCGUCCGACAUGGCUAACAGAGGAGCGAGAAGAAGAUUUGACUGGAAAUUCUUGAAGGCAAAAUACAGCCGUGACCUCAUUCUCCUGCUCAGCCACCACCAGACAAGGACCCGAAGCAGAGAAAGUGUAUAUUGGGAAACAUACACGUCAAACCACCGGGUCGCUUCUGUUUUGAUUCCUGGAAACCUUCUGGGUAGAAGAUCCAGAAAAGCACUGCAGGUACAAGCAGCACUGAAGAAGUCCAAGGAAUAACGAGGCUUCUAGGUUGAAAUAUUCAACUGAGCUCUGGGUUGGCUCGAAAUACGUGUUCAAAAAGCCGCGGUGGCGUGUACGCUGCAGUCAAGACUUUGUCCUGUGCUUUGUACUCUUUAGAUAAGGUCCCACAAAAAAAUCAAAAGUAUACAGCCCAGCAUCUUCACUGUCUUCUGUGUAGUGAACUGGCGGAAGAUCGAUACAAGAUGGAAUGAAAAAAAUUAUAUUAAACGAUUGCCAGCUGGGAUUUAAAAAUAUCUGACAUAUAUUUCAACUGAGAAACAUGGAAUAAUAUUGUGCAUUUUCUAGAAGUAGUGACAGUAAGAAUCAAUGCAAAAAAUCAUGUAGGAGAGCGCUGGUAUCAUCGGAGUUAGUGCAAAACAUUUUUCAUGUAUAUGCUAAUCUUAGCAUAUACAUGAAAUAUUAGCAAAGCAUCUAAUGAGAGUUUCAGCGCAACAUGUGACCAACUUUAGUUUAAACUACCAUAUUGAGACAAAAGCACCGGAAAUGAAUUAGACAAGGAAGAAAACAUCCAUCGUUUUAGUGACUGGGCUUAUGGACUCUGUGGUUACUCUAUUACAGGGAUAGUACAGGGAACGUACUGACACCCUGAUGUUCCGCAACCGAAUGGAAAAUAUGGUGUAUGGACAAUUUAAAACUGU